AUGUCGAUUGGCCGCUGGUAUCGCGACAUGGGUCCAUUCCUGCAGGAGAUGUUCGAGCUGGCGCGUCUCUUGGCUUUCCUAGGCUUCAUGGCCCCAGCACGGUCACCAGAACGAGACACAACUCCAGAGGCGGAGGCGGACUUCCAGGACUGCAUGCUCGAGCUGGAGGAAAACCUGCGUGAGCGGGCCGCCGAGCACCGGCAAGAUCGCGGCUACUCGCAGCAAUGCCUGCGGAAGCUGCGGCGGUACUUCCGCCUCCUGCAUGUAAUUCGCCAGGCGCACAGGGAGCGUGCGCGGCGGCGUCUCCUUCGCAACAAAAGGCCGCGCGUAGAACGGUAA